AUGUCGCGUCCAGCAAGGCAGCCACUCGGUGUGAGGAGGAAUAGCAUUGCAGAGUACAGCGCAGUAAAGCCAAGGAGACAUGCAAAUCAAGAAGCAUCUGUGAAACCAUCGAUUUUACGUUCAACUUCUCAAGCAUUAAUUGAUGACAAUGAUGACUACAGUGGAGAAUUUGAUUUCAGAUUUAUGACGUGUCAAAUAGGCGAUCCAUCGGACGCUUUGGAUGUUUGUCCAUAUCAGCAUAUUAUUUAUAAAACUUUAAGAGAGAAAGAGAAAUCGAGAUCUACCAUCAAAUUUAAUCAAAAUGAAAUUACGUUCCGUGAUAGAAAUAUAAUGAUCGAUAAAAUGAUUUUAAUUCAUUAUAAGCUCGGUCUUACGACAAAUACAAUUUAUAGAUUUAUAGGUUUAUUUGAUCAAGUCCUUACGUCCAUACAAGUUCCUAAGAAUAAGUUAAUGCUCUAUGCUUGCGCUACAUUUUUAAUAUCUUCAAAAAUUGAAGACAUUUUCCCAGCUCAAUCUGAUGAUCUUGUAUGCCUUACUAAGAACAGGUUUUCUAAAGAGGAAUUGUUCGCUGCUGAGAUCGAAGUUAGUAAUGCUACCAAAUACGGUACAAUUUUCGGAACAGGACUUUUCUUUUUAACUAUUUUCCAGCGUAUAGAAGAUGAAGAACAAGAUUUCCUUCUUUAUUCGCGCUACAUCCUUGAAUUAUGCCAAACCUCCGAAUUCUUUUUCGGAAAGAACUUUUCCUUAAUGGCAGCUGCAGCAAUAUAUACAUCACGUAUUGCUUGGCAUCAAGAACCAUGGACACCUAGGCUUGAAGGCUACACUAGGUACUCUGAACCUGUUUUAAGUGAGUGCUUAAAAGAGAUCAAGAAUAUGCUCAGCCAACAAAGUCGCCAAGAAUCCAAAUUCAUCCAAAAGAAAUAUUCAAGUGAUCUCUUCCAUAAGGUUGCACAAAUUUAUUCACUUCCUUAA